AUGGGUUGGUUCUGGGCAGACUCACAGGCGAAGGUGCCUGUUGCACCACACUCAGCAAAUCCCAGUGGUGCUCCUCCUCCCGGAUGUCCUAUGCAUGAGUCGCAGCCAGCACCAUCUACGACACCGGAAAGCGCCAAUCCUACUAGCAAUUGUCCCAUGUCCCGUUCUACCGAUUCUCCCUUUUAUGUUGCCCCCCAGUCCCCAAAAGCAGACAGUUCGGCACCAUCGGCACCAAAAUCAUCAGCCCUAUCCAAACUGAACCCGCUGAACUACAUGUUUGCGUCCAUUUCUCAGGAUCGUGCUCCGAAUCAGACUGUGGAUCUCUCGGUGGAACGUGAAGCUUCUUCCAUUCCUAGAGGGGAUAUGGAGGGUAAUUGGGAAUACCCAUCCGCCCAGCAAAUGUACAACGCAAUGUUACGGAAAGGAUACACCGAUACUCCCCAAGACGCGGUGGAGUCCAUGGUUGCCGUGCACAACUUUCUCAAUGAGGGUGCAUGGACUGAAAUUGUUGGUUGGGAGCGUACAUUUGCCGGGGGCCUGGGAGUCGGCUGGGAGAAAUGUCGUCGUGGCGAGGAGAACCUGAGCUUUCAGCUAGCGAAGGAUGAGAUGACCGGUGCCGUGGACCCGACGACUGAGCCCCGUCUGAUCCGGUUUCAAGGCCGGCCGAGGGAGUUGACUCCCAAGGCCCGCAUCUUCCAAGCACUUGGCUGGGUAUACCCGGCCGGGUUCGACACCACUCCACCUUUUGACCGGCACGACUGGUUUGUUCAGCGUCAAACACCAACAGGUCCCAAGGAAGUUCGUUACGUGAUCGAUUACUACUCUGGAGACCCCGAACCCAAUGGUGAGCCUGUUUUCUUCCUAGACAUCCGUCCCGCCCUCGACACCCCAACGGCUGCCAUAGAGCGACUGAUGAGAUGGGGGGUAAUGUUUGGUGGAAGGCCAGCGGAGGCGCUGCUCGUGAGCCUGGUCACGGCCACCCCUAAUUACAUUGAUGUUGAAUUUGGAGCUCGCUGCCUCUCCACUCUCCACUUGUAUGUUUCACAGACAUGGCCUUGGCGUUCCGCGAUCCUUUCAUGA